UGAUACACACACUAAAAAUUUUUCAACCAUCGUACUCAAUUCCUUCUGGCUGAAAAAUUUUUGAGAACGUUUUUAGGAGAUCAAUCUAUAUAGUUAAGAAUUUUUCUUAUACAAUAAACUAAUAAUCAUUACUAUGUCUGAUCAAGAAGUUUUAGCUUUAGUUGGUUCUUUAGAAGGCCACAACGGUUGGGUUACUUCCUUAGCCACCACCCCAGCUCAUCCAGAUUUAUUAUUAUCUGGUUCAAGAGAUAAGACUUUAAUUAGAUGGCAAUUAACUGGUGGUACCCAAUAUGGUGUCCCAAAGAAAUCUUUUAAAGGUCACUCUCACAUUGUUCAAGAUGUUACUAUCUCUGCUGAUGGUGCUUAUGCUUUAUCUGCUUCUUGGGAUAAAACUUUAAGAUUAUGGGACUUAGAAUCUGGUGAAACUACUCAAAGAUUCGUUGGUCACACUGGUGAUGUUUUAUCUGUCUCUAUUGCUAAGAACUUAAGACAAAUUGUCUCUGCUUCUCGUGAUAAGACCGUUAAAGUCUGGAACACCAUUGGUGAAUGUAUGGCCACUUUAACUGGUCACCAAGACUGGGUCUCUGCUGUUAGAAUUUCUCCAGCUGAUGAAUCCUCUACUGUUAUCUCUGCUUCUUGGGAUAAGACUGUUAAGUCUUGGGAUUUACUUGACUACUCUGUCAAUGCUGAUUUCAUUGGUCACACCGGUUACGUUUCUUGUAUUACCUUAUCUCCAGAUGGAUCAUUAUGUUCAUCUGCUGGUAAAGAUGGUACCAUUUUAUUAUGGGACUUAAACUCAAAUGAAACCUUAUACACCUUGAAUGCUAAUGCUGAAGUUCAUGCUUUAGCUUUCUCUCCAAACAGAUACUGGUUAGCUGCUGCCACUUCCACCGGUGUUAAGAUUUUCAAAUUACAAGAAAGAGACUUAUUAGAUGAAUUAAAACCAGAAUCUGAUGCUAAGGCUCCAGAAGCUAUCUCUUUAGCUUGGUCUGCUGAUGGUCAAAACUUAUUUGUCGGUUACACUGAUAACGUUAUCAGAGUCUGGCAAGUUAUGACUUCUUAAAUGGUUUGAUUUAUUUUAAUCAUAAUUUUAAGAACAAUUAACAAACUUCUCAUACAUAUAAAUUUUAUAUUAAUUAAAUUAAUAUAUGCUGUAUAUUAAAAA